UCGAGCCGCGACUCUAUGGCGGCCGCGACCGCUCACUAGCCGCGGAGCGACAUGAACACGGGUGCUGACGGCCAGAGCGGUGCAGUGGUUGCCGCGCGGUCUCGAGAGGGCAGUCCCGCGGCGGCUGACUUCGUCCCAUCGGCUCUGGGGACCCGAGAGCAUUGGGAUGCUGUUUAUGAGAGAGAACUGAGAACAUUCCAAGAAUAUGGAGAUACAGGAGAAAUCUGGUUUGGGGAGGAGAGUAUGAACCGACUAAUAAGGUGGAUGCAGAAACACAAGAUCCCGUUGGAUGCCUCAGUGCUUGAUAUUGGAACUGGAAAUGGUGUUUUCCUGGUUGAACUUGUGAAACAUGGUUUCUCUAAUAUAACUGGGAUUGAUUACUGUCCUUCUGCAAUUAAACUUUCUGCAAGUAUUUUAGAGAAAGAAGGGGUAUCUAACAUUAACUUAAAGGUAGAAGACUUUCUGAAUCUUUCUACAAAGCUGUCUGGAUUUCAUGUUUGCAUUGACAAAGGGACUUUCGAUGCCAUAAGUCUUAAUCCUGACAAUGCAGUUGAGAAGAGGAAGCAGUAUGUGAUGUCUCUCUCCAGGGUGUUGGAAGUAAAAGGCUUUUUUCUAAUAACCUCAUGUAAUUGGACCAAGGCAGAGUUGCUAGAUGUAUUCAGUGAAGGAUUUGAACUUUUUGAAGAGCUGCCAACACCCAAGUUCACCUUUGGAGGUAGAUCUGGAAACACUGUAGCAGCUUUGGUUUUUCAAAAAAGAGAGAUUUCUUUGGACAAAGUCAGUUAGCUUUGUAGAAGAAACUGCACAGCAAAGUAAACCUGAUACACAAAAAGCAAGUACAAAUAAUGCUUAGUAAGUACCCAGGCUUAGGAAGUAUAAAUAGUGCUUAGUAAGCACCCAGGCUGCACAGAUUGAGUACAGCUAAUGGGUGGUGGGAAUCAUCAUUUAGAUAUAUCAACUAAGAAUAAUUUAAGAUUUUCUUUUGUAUUUGAAAUAUAAAUAUUUUUCUUGUGAUUUAUGACAGUUUUCUGUAACUGUUAGCAGUUGAAAACUUCCAAGUAGUAAAUGAAUUUACAGAAA